UUAUCCCAUUAACUGAAGGAAGUACUCUCGACUGUCCUAAUGGCCACACACUUACCUCUCUCACUCUCUCCUUCAAAACCCUUCAAAAACUCCACUUUCUUCACCAAGAACCCAUCUCUUCAUUUCAAGAAACCACUCUCUAUAACCUCUUUUCAGUCACCACCACCAGCAGCUGCUGCAGCGGCAGUGCAAACAUUCUGGCAGUGGCUGAGUGAUCAAGAUGUGGUGUCAGCCAAGACUCCUGCAAGGCCUGGUUUGGUGCCUCAAGGCCUGGGGCUGGUAGCACAGAGAGAUAUUUCAAGAAAUGAAGUUGUUUUGGAGAUACCAAAGAAGCUGUGGAUAAACCCGGAUGUAGUAGCUGCUUCUGAGAUAGGGAAUGUGUGCGGUGGAGUGAAGCCUUGGGUAUCCGUCGCACUUUUCUUGAUAAGAGAGAAGUUAAAGGAGGAUUCGACUUGGAGGCCUUAUUUGGAUGUCCUUCCCGAAAGUACUAAUUCCACUAUAUUUUGGUCGGAAGAGGAGCUUGCUGAACUUCAAGGAACCCAGCUCUUGAGCACAACAUUGGGUGUGAAAAGCUAUCUGCAGCGUGAAUUUCUGAAAGUAGAAGAAGAAAUCCUUGUCCCUCAUAAGCAGCUCUUUCCCUCCCCUGUAACGUUGGAUGACUUCUCUUGGGCAUUUGGGAUUCUCAGAUCAAGGUCGUUUUCACGUCUUCGUGGUCAAAACCUUGUUUUGAUCCCCUUGGCAGACUUGGUCAACCACAGCCCAGACAUUACCAUAGAAGAUGGUGUUUAUGAGAUUAAAGGAGCAGGUCUUUUCUCCAGAGAUCUCAUAUUUUCUUUGCGGUCCCCCAUUUCACUCAAGGCUGGUGAGCAGGUACUUAUCCAAUAUAAUUUAAACAUGAGCAAUGCUGAGUUGGCUGUGGACUAUGGAUUCAUAGAAGCAAAGUCAGACCGCAAUAUGUAUACCUUGACACUUCAGAUAUCUGAGUCAGACCCAUUUUUCGGUGACAAGCUGGAUAUUGCCGAGACAAAUGGUCUGGGUGAGAUAGCAGAUUUUGACAUUGUUCUAGGCAAUCCUCUUCCACCAGCAUUGCUUCCAUAUCUGAGGCUGGUAGCACUUGGGGGUACCGAUUCUUUCCUCUUGGAAUCUAUUUUCAGAAACACUAUAUGGGGCCAUCUUGAAUUGCCAGUAAGCCGUGCCAAUGAGGAGCUCAUAUGCAGAGUGGUCAGAGAUGCUUGCAAAUCUGCUCUUUCUGGAUAUCAUACCACCAUUGAAGAGGAUGAGAAGCUAAAAGGAGGAGAACUCAACCCAAGGCUUGAGAUUGCAAUUGGAAUAAGGGCAGGGGAAAAGAAGGUGCUGCAGCAAAUUGAGGAGAUUUUCAAGCAGAGACAAUCAGAAUUAGAUGAGUUGGAAUAUUACCAGGAGAGGAGGCUCAAGGAUCUUGGUCUAGUUGGGGAGCAAGGUGAUAUCAUAUUUUGGGAGUCCAAGUAAUUGAGGCCAUUACUUUCUGGACGCCCUUCAUGAAGUUCUCAAGAAAGAACACCCUUGGCAGUCGGCACGCACAUUAGUUGUAUUCAUAUCCAAGCAAUGCACUAAGAUAGUUUCUGCUGCCCUAAAUUCUCUUGCUUCAUGUAUUAUUCCAGUCGGCACGCCCUGUAUUUUUUUAGAAACAGUUGAUAUAACAAGAGUUCAAGGAAACGUAAAGGCAUUUGUAUGCCAAGUAGGUUCUGAAAUUUGCAUGCAAAGUUGAGGUCGGCGUUUUUGUAUAUUUCACUUUGCAUUAGGAAAGAAAUGGAUCCGUUUCUUUCAUUUA